AUGGCGCGCGAGAAGGCGGCGCGCUUGCUGGAGCGCCGGCGCGAGCUGGCCAAGGGCGCGCGCGACGCCAAGGCCAAGCAGGCGGCCGAGAAACGCGCACUGCAGGCCGUCAAGCGCCUGCAGGAGCUGGGCGCCGAGCCCCCCAAGCGCCCGGAGCCGACGCCGCCGUCGCCGCCGCCGGCGCCUGCCGCGCCCGCCGCCCCUGUGGUGCACAAGCUGGACCCAGAGGUGAAGGCCUACAUCCGCGCCAAGCUGCAGAAGUACCUCGCGCAGCAGCAGCCACCGCUUCAGCAGGCCAGCAGCAGCAGCAGCGCGCCCGAUGUGCUCAACCUGGCCCGCGGCCGCGUGACCCAGCAGGUCAACCAGGAGCUGAUGUCCAUGGUGAUGCAGCAAAUUCAGGGCUACAGGGGCGCGGGCAAGGGCGUGGCGAUCACCAGCAUGCUACGCCAGAUGAAGCGCGCCCGCUGCUGCGACCGCGUGUUCUGGCUCAGUCCCACCUGCCAGUCCAACAAGGCCUACCUGGAUGAGCUGGGGGUCAAAGAUGCAGACAAGCACGACUCGCCCGACAACGGCGCCAUUGACGCGGUGCUGGCGGCGGUGGACGAGGAGGCGCGCGAGUGGCAGAGGUACCAGGAGGAGAAGGAGGUGUGGGCGCAGCUGCAGCGCGCCAUGCGUCGGGGCGGCGAGGCGGCCAGCUUGCCGCCCGCGCUGUUGAUGCGUGCCGAACGGCUGGGCCUGCUGGAGUCUGAGGAGCCACCCAAGUACAGGUACAGCAAGGACACGCCCUGUGUCUUGCACGUGGUGUUUGACGACUGCCAGGGCACGCGCCUGAUGAGCAGCAGCGGCAGCAAGAGCAAGCUGACCAACCUGUGCAUCCGCCAUCGCCACGUGGGCGACGGCCUGGGCGUCACCGUGUGGCUGUGCGUGCAGAGCUGGUGCGCCAGCGGCAGCGUGCCCCGCGCCAUCCGCGAGAACUGCACGGGCGCGCUCGUGUGGAAGACGCCCCAGGCCAAGAUGGUGGAGAAGAUGGUCGAGGAGCUGGCGACGGGCAGGGAAAGGGAGGGGGCCUUUGAGGAGGCGUACGCGGUCGCCACCGAGCCCCAGCACGGGUUCCUGUAUGUUGACCUCACAACCUCGGACCCCUCGAAGCGAUACCGCAGCGGCUGGGACGCCUACAUCGUGCCCGACGGCUGA